AUGGAGGAGACUCCGCAUUACUCACGUGUAGUUGAUGAACCAGAGUCACUGAAUGUAGUGACUGGUCGUAGUAUCUACUAUGGCAUGCGGCCCUGGCGUUGCGAUGAUCGUUUUCAGGAUUUGUUGGCGUCAUUUACACAUUUGGAUUCCCUUUCCGUUCAGCUUCACCUCAUGAAGUUGCUAUGGCGUUGUGCUCGCUCUGAGGGAGGUGCGGAGCCUCUUGAUAAUUACAAACGGCUGGGGAGAGGUGAGGUUAUGUUCUAUGUGGAACGGCAUCGUAGCGGAAUGAUGCGAACUGGUGUUUUGGAGAGGUACCCCUACAACCAAAAUGAGUUGCAGCGGAUUAUUGAAGAAGAUGGACUGAAGAUGCGUGUCUGGCGUCACCAGCGUGCGAUGGAGAUGGAGGCUAAAGAGGGAAAAAUUGACGAUCUUCUUAGUGCGAACGUAAUAAGGGGGAUCAAAAAGUCACCGGAAGACUGA